UUUAUUUUGGGUUAAUUUUUCCCUCUCAUUUCAUUUUCAUUUUCAUUUUCAUUUUGUUUUCAUUUUCCUGCUCGCGAAAAUUCUCUGGCAUGCUCAUCGGAUCGGAGCCCUAAAAGCAACGCUUAUCAUUUUCUCUAUUCAGUUUCGGCAUUCACUUACAAACUAUUUCUAGCUCUUCGUGAUUAAUUUCCUAUUUGUUUUGAUGUGAUAUAAAACCCUUAGAACCCUAGAGAAUCAUAGCAAACGACAUUGAGUUGCUAGCGGAUUGGGAAAUGGGGGAUUCCUCUGGAAAGAUCGAUGUUGAUAAGCUGAUAUCAUAUAGCGACGACCUUGUGGCAGUGUUGAAGGAGAAAAGGGACAUUAACAUUUUGACGCAGUGCCUGGACAAGUCUAAGGCUCUUCGUUCCUCUUGCGAUGCCGAAUUCAACGAAGCUCGGACUCUUCUCGAAGAUCAUCAGAAAAAGAUAGAUGAAUGUAAGCAGAAAACAGAGAAGGCAAAGCUUGAAGUUCCUGCUGAUGCUGAACUGGACCUUCUUCAGAAGGAAUUGGAUGCGGAGCAUGAAAAAGAACGUCUGCUGAUGGAGGAGCUUAGAGUCAUCAACAAUGAGAUAAAUGAUCUCGGACGUCAAAGGAUUUCUGUUGAAGAACACAAGCAAGCUCUAAAGAAACUUGAGCAAGAAGAGCUAAGGGCACAGAGGAAGCUUUCCAUGUAUGCAUCUGUCACAAAUAUCAUUCCGAACUUGGAUGAUCACUCCAAAAUCUCAGGCCAUAUUGUGGAUAGAGACAAAAAGAUGGUUGAGAAAUUUGAAUUUGACCCAACAAACAUGGCUGCCUUUGAUAUAUGCCAGAGCAUUUGGAAGAUGAUAAAUAUGCGAUAGAUGUUGGACAUUGGUCCAUUCAACUUGCAUACACUACUUUUAGUGAUUCUGUGAAUCCUUCGUUUGUUUCCGUCUUUUUCUAAUACAUUUAAAUUAUUAUUAUUCACUUGGGAAGUGCUGCUGAUGGGGUAGGUUAUGGUGUGUAGGUCUUGUUUGCUCAUUUUUGCUUUAAUGGCGAAUCAUGCUUCAGAAAGGUUUCUUUUC